CCACGACAAAAGCGCCUCUCUUACCGGUUCAAAGAAACUUGUCGCAUUAUUUCAAUCAACAAACCCGUUAUGACACAUGUAAAUUUUUAAUGCAAAUGUCACACAUCAAUGCGAUAUCCAGUUUCGGCGAUGUCAAUCAUUCAAAAGGCAAACCAUUUAAUGGAUAAUUAACGUCAUGACGGAAAUUCAAAAUCAUUUUACCAUAUUUGAUGGAUCCUCAAAGAAAAAUACCGGCUGGUCCUGUAGCGCCUUCCAGUUUGAAAUCAGCUAGGAAAAGUUUCGCCGUAACAAAUGCAUUUGUACGACGUGAAGACAAAAAAGGUGAAAUCCUCACCGUGCACACGAGCACGCCCAACGUAGAACACCGGUCGUAUCAUGCCGAUCAAUGUCAACUUUACCAAGGAGACGUUAACCUUUUAUCUAUCAUAAACACAAAUAAGGAUAUAAUGUGUUGUAAAUAUACCGAGGAUGUAAAUGAUAUCGCGCUGGGUUUCUCUGACGGCACGGUGAGGCUUUUCGAUUGCAACAACGGUAACUGCUCGCACACGCUGGUGGACGACGAGUGUCGCACCUACCCUGGCCCAGUCACCGGCAUCAAGCACCGCCCCGUCAGCAAAUCGCAUCCCGUCACCAACACGCUCUUGACUUCGUAUGUCAACGGCUAUGUAAAAUGUUGGAAGUACAAUUAUCACCAAUGUCUAUACACAAUAAGAGAGAAACGACAAACAUUAGGACUCUGCUACCAUCCUCGCCACUCCAAGUUCGUUACGUACGGAGACGACGCUAUAUUGAACAUGUACGAUGAUGAAACGCAGACGCAAGAAAGAGCCUUUCAUUCCAGUGGUAAAAGAGGUACGAUAGACGGUCAUCAGUCGAGAAUAUUCGCAUGCACUUUCAAUCCGCGAUCGAACCACGAGCUGGUAUCGGGCGGUUGGGAUGACGUCGUCAUUUGCUGGGACGCUCGCCAGCCCUUUGCAACUCGAUACUUUGUUGGAGUUCACAUAUGCGGUGAAGGAUUGGACUUUGAUAAGCCGGGUAAACAGAUUUUAACGUGUUCGUGGCAAGACAAUGACACAAUUCAAAUAUGGGACUACGGGUCUUGCAAACUGAUCGACACUAUUGUACCAGACAGUCAUCCAUCCAAGCUAUAUUGCGGCAAGUUCGUGCCUAACACUAAUUUGAUUGUAUGCGGUGGUUCCGACGGGAAUAUGCUUCGUGUUGUGGAUUACAAUUUAAAAUUGACGGAAUGUUCAAUCAGAUACAAUCCUGGCGCCAUAUAUGCAUUUGACUUUGGAACAGUUCGAAGGAAGAUAAAAAAAGUGCCAGACACUUACAAAAGAGUAAAUGAGCUGCAUACAGUGCCGCGCGUGGCGUUUGUAAGCGGGAAAAAACUUCAGAUUGUAGAUUUUGGCUAAGUUAAUACAAAAUACAUUUUGUAUUAGA